AUGACCGGCUCGUUGAACACCUUCACGACUGCACGAACAAAGCUGAGAGUUUUAAAAUCAUCAAGAGAACACCUGAAUAACCUUCAGUCAGUACUCAUCAACACCCUGGUGAGGCUCUUUACGCGUUACCUGUCGGAAUGCAAGGUUCCUAAACAGUGGAAGACCAGCAAGACCGUGUUGUAUAAAAAGGGAGAUACACAUGAUAUCGGCAACUAUCGUCCAACCUGCUUACUGUCCGUCAUCUACAAGCUCUUUACAAGAGUGAUCCUUAAUAGGAUUGAAAAAGUCUUGGAUGAAGGACAGCCAUGCGAGCAAGCAGGGUUUCGAAAAGGAUUCAGCACGAUUGACCACAUUCACACUGUUUCGAAACUCAUCAAGGUAUCACGAGAGUACAAGAUGCCGAUUUGUCUCACCUUCAUCGACUUGAAGAAGGCCUUCGACUCAGUUGAGACGGAAGCGGUCGUGGAAGCCUUGGACAACCAAGGCGUCCCUACUCAGUACAUAAAGGUACUUCGAGAGUUGUACAGUAAUUUCACUACCGGAAUUUCGCUAUUCUACAAGGAAGGAUGA